CUACUUUGUCAUCAGUAGCACUAGUCCAAGUGAUCUCGUGAUCGACGCUGGGGCAGUAGCGCGCUAGCUAGCAAUGGAGACGUCUUGCUUCUUGACCUCCAAACCAUCGCCCAAGACGCCAGCCAGCGUCGUCGUCGCCAAGCCCAAGCCUCAUCUUCUCUUCGGCACCCGGCGUGCGGGCUCGUCCUCCGUCACUUGUUGCAGCUUCAACGCGCGGCCGUCCGAGGACGGCGCGGUUCCGAUGAUCGGCCCCGACUGGCGGUCCUUCCGCGCGCAGCUCUACUUCACCGAGCAGCACGCCAAGAGCGUGAACUCGUCCGUGACCGCGAUACCGUCGCUGCCUGUGAAGAUCGGCGACAAGUGGGCGCACCCGCUGGUGGAGCCCGAGAAGGGUUGCCUCCUCAUCGCCACGGAGAAGCUGGACGGCUCGCACAUCUUCGAGCGCACGGUGAUCCUCCUCCUCUCUGCCGGCGUGCUGGGCCCCGUCGGCGUGAUCCUGAACCGCCCGUCGCUCAUGUCCAUCAAGGAGGCGGAGUCCAUCUUCGCGGACGACGCCAACAUCGCGGGCGCCUUCUCAGGCCGCCCGCUGUUCUUCGGCGGGCCGCUGGAGGAGUGCUUCUUCUUGCUGGGGCCCCGGGCGGCCGCCGGCAGCGACGUGGUUGCCCGGACGGGGCUGUUCCAGGAGGUGAUGCCCGGCCUGCACUACGGGACGCGAGAGAGCGUCGGGUGCGCCGCGGAGCUCGCGAAGCGAGGCGUGGUGGGCGUCCGGGACUUCCGCUUCUUCGACGGCUUCUGCGGGUGGGAGCGCGAGCAGCUGCGCGACGAGCUGCGCGCCGGGCUCUGGCGCGUUGCCGCGUGCAGCCCCGCUGUGCUGGGGCUCGCCAGCGUCGUCAAGGGCGGCCUCUGGGAGGAGGUGCAGGGGCUCGUCAGGGAGAGGAGGGUGUGGUGACUGCUGGCGCGAGUGCGUGUGCCGGUGGAUGUUCAAGUCCCAACAGUGGCUUUGUAAUUAAUUAACUUGCGAGCAAAUUGAUCAAGAAUUAAUGCUUCAGAUUCCUUCUGGCUCUGUCAGCUCAGAGCUCAG